AUGUUAUGCUGUAAAACACUCAUUUUAUGUAAUAAUAGUUACGACUGCUCAAGAAAAAAAAAACACGAUUCAACAUUUCAUUAAGUCACAUUCUACUCAAACAAUAAUACCACCCUCGAUUGACGCAGACGUGUAUGAAAACCCGGCCACGGUUUCAAGCAGCUCGCGCUCAUUCAUUCCAUUCAUUGCUGGUUUGCCUGUCGAGACGUACGGACGUGUUUUCCAAUCGUUCGGUGUCGCGUUUUCGAAGUAAAGGGACAAAAAAAAACCAAACACACCAAAAGUUUCGUUACAUUUCGAUCCAGAAAGCACGAUCGUUACGACCGAUUCCGAACGCUGAAUUGUAUCAAUAUAGAGAUGUUGUUUCCGCUAUCACUGCAAAUGCCAAACAAAUCGUGUGUGCAAGCGACCAAACAAAUUAGCAGACUUUCGAGGUUCGCUUCACACUAAAUAAGCGGUGUUUAGUGAUUAGUGGUGACUUCGUGAAAGCGAAAGCUAAUUAAACACAAAACAACAGAUGUAGUGAUUUUUUAGGGCUAAAAUCGAACAACAAACGAAACGGCUUUUGUGAAUUUUGCAACCCUUUUGCACAAGCAGUUGUGCCUAAUUAUGUGUGUGCGUGAGUGUCGUGUGCCCCAAAGUGAUUGUGUAUCUGUGUCUCUGUUAGCGAUUGUUUUCCGUAUGUAUUUGUAAUUGUGCGACGCGUUUUUUGCCGCACUAAACACUAAACAUUGUUUCCCCUCUUAUUGGUAGGGAAAAGUGAUCCCUUUCUGUGGGGAAAAUUCUAAUUCUACGAUCGGGUUCCGGAUCGACCGGAAUUCGGUAGCUGGCGCCAUUUUCCAUUCGUACCCCUCCCCCGUUACGCCAAAGGAAAGCGUUUUAUGGCGAUCGAGUGCGCGCGUUCCGUCUUGCCGUUUGAUGAUUUAUAUCGUACAGCAAUAUAAAUAAACCCCUCGGUUGGGGUUAGUGUGCGAAAAUUUUUUCCAUAACUCGAUCGUUCGAACUCAAUCGAUCAGAGAGAAAAGUUUGUAUUUUUGUUGUUCUUUAAAAAAAAAGGCUGGAAAACUCAUCCAGAAAAUCAGUAGACACAUUUGUUCGACGCAUUUUCCAUCCCAUUUUCGCGUUCUUUCGCCAAACCGAAUGUCUCGCGCCUAAACACCGAAUAGAAAACAUCAUUUGGCGAGAUUUUCCCACGUUGACGCCAUCUCGGAGUGAUGCAAUUGUGGUGAUUUGUGGUUUGCUCUGAUUGCCCCACCACCCAUUUUCUCCCGCUGGCUAGAGGAGCAUCAUCAUCAUCAUCAUCAUCGGCCACCGUCCUACACUCACCGAUAGAAAUAUUUCCACCCCGCCCCGGCGCGUCGGACGACGCACGACGGGCCGAGAAGCGACCGCCUGCGAACAACUGCGAGACGUGAAGGAGCGACUUUUUCAGCCUUUUAUCAUCAGUUGUGCUACGUUGAACGAAACGUUCAAGAUGAAUCUACCGAUGAAGCUGCUGGUGCUGCUAUCGCUGCUCUUGGUUCACUCGUCGGGGCACCGGAUACAGCUGUCCGACUCCAUACUGGACAUCAUCAAUACCCGGCACGUGGAGCAAAUAUUGGCCGAACGGCGUGCGAACGCGUCGCGUGAAAACGAGAAACGCUACCUGGUGCAAAACGACCUAGACGAGGACGUCACGGAGGAUGGUACCGAUCUCUACCAGACACCGGAGGUGUCGAUCGAUUUUGAUUUCCACGGACGGCGCCAGGGAGGUCACGGUUCACGGCACCACGGCAUGUCUCACACCCCGGUUUCACACAAUGGAUCGGGCGGUGGCGGCGGCGGCGGAGGUGGUGGUGGUGCUGGUGGCGGUGGUGAUCUGCUCGCCGAUCUGCACGCCUACCGGGGCGACAAGCUGCUGAAGUCGAGCAAAAAUGCACUGCUGGUAACGCGCAAGGAGUAUCUGAAGAAGGACUGGUGCAAGACGGAACCGUUGGUGCAGCGGAUCCGCGAGGAGGGUUGCCUGAGCCGGACGAUCGUGAACCGCUUCUGCUACGGUCAGUGCAACUCGUUCUACAUCCCGAAGUCACCGAAGCGCAGGCGGCACGGUGGCAAACCCACCGUUGCGAGCUACUCGGCGACCAGCCGCCGUGAUCUGGACGGUGACUUUGAGGACGAGGAUCUGACCGGGCCCGCGUUCCGUUCGUGCGCGUUCUGCAAGCCGAAGAAGUUCACCUGGAUGACGGUAACGUUGCGCUGCCCAUCGCUCGUACCGCAGCUGCGGCGGAAGCGCAUCCAACGCAUCAAGCAGUGCAAGUGCAUCGCCGAACCGCUGCAUUGAAGUGGGAAGAACUGUGUACGUGCGUGUGUUUAUGAGAGUAUAUGCGUCCGAGUGUGUGUGUGUGAGACUGUGUGAAUGUGUAUGAUCGCUUGCAAGAAGAAUAGGUUUACAUUUUGAUUAGUAUUAUUGUUCGUAUUAUGUAGCUGUUACUAUUAUUUUUUUGUGUCUCACCGUUGUUGUUUUCCCUGUCUCAGUAAAUUAUGUGUAGUACACAUUUGUGCAUUUGGAGUCUGUGCAUCCAAUAGGGCAUUUUUGUUGGGUUUCGAUCCGCAGCUUUUGGGUAACUUAAAGCAAAAACACACACACAUCCGCUAUUACAGUUUUUAGUUCCAGAUGCCAUCUUUGUUGUGAAAGGUGAGGGUUAUAUGAUUGUUUGUUUGUUUUUUUUUUUUUUGGAAUGCUCACCUCAAAACACGAAGUGGAACAUCCUUGUCAGUUCGCAAAACGGCCAACCUUCCAUUUACGUCCAUGCGGCUAGGCGUUGGACGCGAGGCAGAUAAAGUUACCGCGAAGGUGUCACGCUCCGAUUUUGGGAAGGAUGCGACCAGUUUCCGUACGGCGUACCGUAGGAAGGUGGUAAUUUUCGCCUUUCCGUACGCUUAGAAUGAUGAAUGGUGCGCGAAUUUGCCAAACGCGCAGCAAACGCGCCGAGAGUAGCCUCCGCGGGUCCGUGUACUAUGUGGGCAACGAUGGGAAGCAACGCUGUAAAGAGACGUUUCCGCGGCUUCGUUUACAAGCGGCCAAACAAGAACGAGAGUUGGGUUCGGGGGAAAGUGUCCCCAGCAGGAAGGUUGGAAAGGAAACGGUCGUUAAAUGGGAAAUGUUAUAAUGAUCGUUUCAUGUGUAGCACGUUUAUUACAUCAGCGGGAAGUUCUGGGAGCGCGAGUAUUCUGCCGCUCAACAUCUGGAAUCUGAGCGAAGCAGUAAGCACUCAGCGGUUCGGUACUUUUCCCACUGUACAAGUUACUUAGUGUACUGGACGGGAAGUUUUUGCUUUUUACAGUUUGUAUCAUGCAAUAAUGAGCACAAUUACCCGGGACAGUAUCGCCGGUUGUCUGAGCAGUGUAUGGCGAUCGAUGGCGUACUUGUGAACAGUUGACUCAUCAGUAACGACUCUGAUCGCCAUACACAUACAUCACUAUUCUUGCUGCAUUUUGUGCACGUGACCGGAGCGCGGCAGUGACGAUUGAUGGAAGUCAUUCAGCUCGCUAGUAAGCGACCGGGUAACGGAUGAGUGAUCGCUUUGUGACGGCUAAGCAGCGCUCCAAAUUCAGCACAUCGUGUGCAGGGAACCCAGGGAACCAUCAUGUCCAUGAACUUGGGUGCUGAUCUCUGAUGUCAUGCUUCGGUAAGCAUGGUGCGAGAUGAUGGCAAGAUGAAACCCUUGCGGUAGCCGAUCGAGCCACCCGGUGGCAAGAUCUGGCAUGCAGGCCCUGACGAGUUCGUCGCCGCGUUCGCAUCGUCGUCGAUGAGAUAAUCGUGCCGAACCGGUGGGUCUCCCAGCCGCGCGCGGUUGGGGGACGAAUAAAUUAGUUAUGAUUGGAUGCGAAUUGCGGAAGGCUGGGCCGGGGAAGUAGGAGAACAUAGCGUCAGGUGGUAAAGCGAGAGAAUGUCACCGGCAGAGGACAGGUCGGCGAAAUACAAGCCGAUACCGUGCCGGACCGGCGUAUUGCCGCAGUAUCGAAGAAAUCGGAUAGAGCUAACACAAGCACCGAAUGGCGGUGUUAAUUAUGGGCACCGUCCCGUGGCCAAUACUGACCGUUGCUGCUGUUGUUGUUGCUAGUCCUAUCGAUCGGUGUAUCGGAUUUCCGUGCCUGCGAAAUGAUACGCAAAAAACGAAGCUGUGCGUGAGUCAUAGCGCUAGGAAAGCGCACGAGCCUCCCCGAAUAUCUGCACAGAGCAACCAAAGUACGGGGGCUGCCACGGAGCACGAAUGGGGCCGAAAUUUUGUCACCAAUCGUCUGCAUAAGUCACAACACACCUUUCAGGUGUGCUAAAUUUGUGUCGAAAAUGUUUGGCUUUUUUUGGUUGUUGUUGUUGUUGUUGUUUUGUGUUGAGUUACUAUACAGGGGGAAAAAAAGAAACAAGAGUCAAUCGAAUGCUGCGCAUGGAAUCACCUGCAUCGGAACCGGUCCGAUGAAUCAGCGUCUUGGAGUUCCUGACGCGCACGCAAUCGGAUAUGGGGCCGGCGGCUUUUCGCUUUUGCCGAUGCUGAUUGAACCGAGGCGUCGAUCAAUUAUCGUACGCGACGGAACAGCGGGAGCGCUGCUUGAUCAUACAUUUCACUGGGAAGCUUUUCCUUUCACGCGUGAUGAUGCUUGGAUAGGAGGUGUGUUUUUUUUUUUGGUAUUGGCUGGUGACCAUAUGCUGGGUGUGUGUGAAAUUUAUGUGGAUUAAUCAUCCAAAAAAACGAUGAUGCGAUGAAUGGAUGCACAGAAGGAUAAGCCAAAGGAUGCACGGGAAUGCAGUGCGUGAAAUAUAGGGACGUAAGUCAUCGAAAGCAAAAGAGAAAUGAAGGGAUAAAAUCACACACAAAACUACCCACAAACACACCAUAAUAAUAAUAAACAUGAAGUAAUGAAAUCGUAACCACCUUUCUAGUUGUAGUGCAAAAAGAAAUAUUUAUUGUAUAGCAGAACCGAACAAACGAUGGAAUGGAUGAAGUUUUAGGAGAAGGAUGAAAAAGAAAAGAAAAAAAAAAAAACAAAACAGCGUAAAAUCAAUUUCAAAAUGCAUAAAAAGUGUAGAAAAACAAAUGUUAUUUAACUAUUACAGAAAGAAGAAGAAAACAGUCCCGAAGUAGCGAAGUACCAGUAGAAAUCGAAUCGAAAUGUACACACGAAACACGAACCGAAUGAAGGAAGGAAAAAUGUGGAAACCCAUCUGGAGAUAGUUAAAGGAAAAUUAGAUCCUUUCUAAGCAAAUGCCAUGUCAAAUAGUGUUGCGUUUUGCGUGUUUCUGUGUGUUUUUCUGUUAUCAGUAAGCCACAUAUUUAUGGGAGCAAAAGCCCUAUUAACUAGCGAUAAUGAAGAUCCCUUUCCACAAUCCAACAGCAGUAUUGAAGUUAUUGAAUAUUGGAGAACAAAACAAAGAAAAAAAACAAGCAAUGAUUGUUGUGUUUUGUUUCAUUGCAUGUCGAAUGUUGUAGCAGGCGCAGAGUUUAGUGUUAGUUUGCAAUGCAAAGCAAUCGAAAACGAUUCACGAUAGCUUCCAGAGUGGUAUUUUGAAUGAAUAGGACAAAAAUCGAUAAUUGACAAAAAAAUGUCAAAAGGAUAGAUUUGAUUUUGUGCAGUAUGCGGCCACACAAUUAUUUGAGAAAUUGUGUUUGUUUGUAUUGUAUAGCUGUUGAAUUUCUUUCACAUGAGUAUUAUACUAGACUCAAUAGGACAGAACGAAGAGAAUAGCAGGAGGUGACAAAUGAACAGCAAAAAAAAAAGGGAAAACACAUUAACACACACAAUCUUCAAAUCAGAUGGUUCCUACAAUUGUAAUAUUAAUUAGUUAUCGCCCAUGUUGUUUGUAAUUUAAUUCACCCAGAAACUGUAAUUGGACCAGUUGUUAUUUGGGCAGCAAUUAGCGCUUAAACGGUUGGGACGCGUACGUUCGUCCAGCAGCUGGAAUGCGUACCGAUUUGGUUGGGGGCCGCCUUUAGGUGUGAAGCAAUUUGUGUACGUCACGUGUGCGUGGAGUGAAUCCGGUUAGGUGGAAAAAAGGCCACGAUGAUAAGGCGAAUUUAGGGUUUUGAACAAAAAAAAACCAGGUUUCUUCUUUCUAGCAGCGUAGAAAGAGUUAGAUUUGAACGCAACCCUCCAGAAAAGGGAAAGCUUUUGUAGAUUUGGUUAAGCAUUAGCACUGGUGAUCUUGUCUGUCGAAAAGAACACGAGUGUUGACGAAAAGUAGCUGUGAAGCUGUGAAGAGGAUGGUUAAGGUGACACGCGCGGAAAAACAAAAACAUACAAACAAACAAACAAACAAAACAAAUAUAUAAAAAUAAACCACUACUAAAAGAGAG